UUAUGGAUAAAUUAGAAGAUGAAAUAGUUUCUAAAUCAAAAAUUAAUAUCCAAAAAAUUCUUUUAUUUCGCCGUCCUGCAUUGAUUAUUCUUUCUCCAUUAUUUUUAUCACCCCUUCUCUUGCAUUCUGAUCCAGCUAUAAAAUGUGCCUUUGUUGUGUUAUUAAUGGCUAUUUAUUGGACGAGCGAGAUAAUGCCUUUAGCUGUAACAGCAUUGUUACCAGUUGUGCUUUUCCCCCUUAUAGGAAUUUUGACUUCAAAAGAAGUUUCACAUGAAUUUAUGAAUGAUACAGUACUUUUAUUUAUUGGAGGUUUAAUAGUUGCUACAGCGGUUGAACGUUGUGGGCUACAUUUACGUGUAGCACUUUUUGUUCUUUCUUUAGUAGGUAGCCAACCUAAAAGAAUUAUGUUUGGAUUUAUGGCAGUUACUGCUGUCCUAAGCAUGUUUAUUAGUAAUACAGCUACAGCAGCAAUGAUGUUACCAAUUUGUCAAUCAGUUAUUAAUUUACUUGAAAAUACUAAAACUUUAGAAUCAAAUAGGGGAGGCGGUGAUAGUGAAAAAUGCCUUAUUGAAAAUGAAUUAUUACAAGAAGAAAUACUACCAAAAAGCGAUUUGAAUAUCCAAAUUGAAGAACAACAAAAUUUAAGCAAAACAAAUAAAAAUAAUAAUUUAGCUAAAGCUUUAGUUCUCAGUGUUGCUUUUUCGGCAAAUAUUGGGGGAGUUGGAACUCCAACUGGAACAUCAUCAAAUCUUGUACUUAUUGGAAUACUUCCAGUUCUAUUUCCUGGUAUAGAAACUGGAUUAAAUUAUCUUUCUUGGAUUGUUUUAACUGUGCCUUUAAUGAUUUUUUGUUUAUUUAUGUGUUGGAUUUUACUUACGUUUAUUUUCCUCAGAAAUUGUCCAAAAGUUGAUGAAACUGUUGGUAUAUUGUUGAAGAAACAAAGUGAUGGUUUGCCUCCAAUGAGUUAUGAUCAAAAAUCUGUUGCUUUUUGUUUCCUUCUUCUCCUAUCUCUUUGGAUUUUUCGACGUCCAGGAUUUAUGCCUGGAAUUUCUGAUAUCUUCCCCGCUAACUCAACUAUGAAUGACUCUACGUCUGCUAUAUUUGUUGCCAUUCUUCUUUUUGUUUUGCCAAGUGAAAAUCCUUUAAAUAAUUUUAUGAUUAACAUAAAGAGGAAUAAAAAUGAAAAAUCAAAAUGUUUAAUGGAUUGGACAACAAUGCAAAAACAAUUUCCUUGGGGAGUUGUUCUUCUCUUAGGGGGCGGUUUUGCUAUGGCAGCAGGUGUCCGUGCAUCAGAACUUUCAACAUUAAUGGCUCAAACACUCAGUAAAUUAGAUUAUCUUCCAAUCUGGGCAAUCCAGUUGAUUGCCAUUUUAGUGACAAUGCUCGUUACAAAUAUAUGCAGUAAUACUGUUACUGCAAGUAUAUUUAUUCCAAUAUUUUCUACUAUGGCUCAAAAAGUUGGAAUUCAUCCAAUUGGAUUGAUGCUCCCAGCAACUCUUUCCUCCUCGUUUGCCUUUAUUUUACCUGUAGGCACUGCUUCAAAUACUAUUGCUUUCUCUAGUGGAUUAAUUAACGUUUCUGAUAUGAUACUAUCAGGAAUUGCAAUGUCUUUAGUAACAGCUAUUUCAAUGCUUAUAUAUUUAGCAACAUUUGUACCUUAUAUUCUCCCAAUUAAUGAUUUCCCUGAAUGGGCAGCUUUUACUUUAAAUGAAAGUUUUGUAGAAAAUAAUAAUUUUAUUAACAACCCUUAA